AUGACUAAACGUCCUGAGCCUCCCAAUAGCCGGCUCCUAGCGUCCAGCUCCCAUGAUCAGACAGUCCGACUCUGGGACCCCGCUACUGGCACCCUGCUGUUGACGCUAGAGGGCCAUUCAAGUUUGGUUGAUUCGGUCGUAUUCUCGCACGACAACCGUCUGCUAGCGUCCGGCUCUAUCGAUCAGACUAUUCGCGUCUGGAAUAUCUCUACGGGCACCGUUUGUCUCGACGGAUAUUCCGAGUGGGUUCUAUCGGUAGCAUUCUGUCCCGACGGCCGCUUCCUAGCGUCUAGCGCCGUUGAUAAGACUGUCCGGCUCUGGGAUAGAAGCACGGGCACCCUAAGGUAG